GUUACUGUACUGUCUCUGUCCGAGCGCAUAGAGCCACCCAUAUACGAAGAAAGUAAAAAGCAAGCACGCUCAUAUUUCUCUCUCUCUCUCUCUCUCUGCAGUCUCUUUCUUUGUUAUCACACAUUCCCCCAAAGCAACACGCCAUCAUUACAAAGAUCAGCCAUCUUUCACUCACUUAUGAAACUGUUGUUAAGUUUCACUCAGUUCCAGUGAAUCUUCCAUCAGGAUUUAUUGAAAAUUGGCAUUUGGAGGGAUUUAUGAUGAUUUUGGCCGCAUUAUCUUGCCACUGUCUAUGAAUUGUUUACAAUUGGUGACCUGUAAGUAAGAGGGACUGUACAGCACAGAAUUCACUUGGUUGUUAUUUAGGAUGGGGGAAAGAAAAUUGAAUUUUAAUGCACCACUUAUGUCUGUGAGGCGAUUUUCUUCACCAUUAGCCUCUGAAGAUAGAAGGAAUAGGAAAGUAAUUGAGAGUCCUAUGCGCAGCAGGCGAUUUACUCUUCCUAUUUGCGGAUCAGAAACGGAUCAAGUGACAGAACCUGUUGCGGUUCCUUUUAAUUGGGAGCAGAUCCCAGGAAGAGCCAAGGAUGGCAAUAGACCUGAGCCUCACCCUCAGCCUCUUGAGGAGAAAUCUGUUACUCCAAAACUUCCUCCUGUAAGGUUUUUUGAUAGUAUGAAAAAGCCUUUGGAAAAGGAAUAUGAAGAUACAAAUAGGCUUAGUUAUCAAAUUAAAGCACAUUCUUCAAAGGACAAAGCGACCAAAUCAGAGUUCUGCAAUGAGGGAAUAAAUGAGAAAGGGAGCUCCGAUUUGGAGGACGAAAAUGAUGAUGUUUAUUCUGAUGCAUUUGACAAGCUGUCUCCUACGGAUUCAUUCUCCAUGAACUGUAGUUCAAAUGGUCUGAGCGGGUCUGGUGGUCUGGAAAUGAAACGUUCUGGAAACUUUUCGACAGAUCCACAAACUCUAGACUUUAUGAUGAGACGCUUCCUACCUGCAGCCAGGGCAAUGGCUUUAGAGCCACCUCAAUAUGCUUCAAGGAAGCCAAGUGUUACACAUGAGCAACCUAGACAAGUUAAUAGAGUGGUUAGUGGGGAUAGGAAGCCUUUAAGUAAUCAAAACAAGUCUAACAUGAUAACAGUAUAUGGCCAAAAUAAAGAGGAAGAGGAAAGCGAAGAUGAAGACAGUGAAUAUGACAAUUCUGGCAAUAUUUCAGCUAAAGGUUGUGGGUUAUUCACACGAUUACGCCUUAAGAAUUCUUUGUGCCUCUUAAAUCCACUGCCGGGGAUGAAAGUUACCCAGGGUCCUGUGUCUUCCACCGGUGACAUUGUAAGACAAGGAAAAACUGCUUAUAUUCGAUCUCACAAUGAAACUGCUCAAAAGCAUGCUUGGGAUAAUGUUAGUAAGUCCAAAUUAGCCAAUGGAUUUCGAUCAGGUGAACUGCAGAAGGUUGAGAAUAAGCUUGCCAUUCAUUCCCGUUGGGUUACUCGUUCUGGAGAACUGCAAAAUACCGUUGAGAAUAAGCAGACCAGUCAAUCCCGACGGUUUACUCGUUCAGGGGAACUGCAAAAAACAGUUGGGAAUAAGCAGACGGGUGAAUCCCGUCGGUUUACUCGUUCGGGGGAACUGCAUACAACAGCAGGUGGGUUAUCUCCCUACAGGCGUUCAUGGGGUGCUGGAGUAUCUCCCUACCAGAAUGAAGCAUCUCAGUCUCCCUUUCGUGGAGUCAGGUUUCCUAUCAUUCCCAAAGGAAUUCAAAAUAGUAAAGCGAACAGAUUCAAUCUGAAUAUUGAAGGCAGUGACAAAGAUAAACAAGCUUCAGGUUCAAUGAGCCCUGCAGUUGAGAAGACAUUGUAUGUAGAUACUGUAAAUAUUGCAAAAAAAUCAUUUUUAAACUCAAGUUCCUCAGAUACCAAGGGAUGUUUGGACUCUGCUGGUGAGUAUACGUCUUUAGUGAGCAGGCAGCCAGAAGAAACUACUACUGGAGAAUUUGUUUUCCAACAUUCAAAAUGCCUAGAUGUUUUGAUGGAAGGAAGCAUAUUAGAACCCGAUGGGUCUGGUGAUGCUGAUUUAUCUUCCGAGUCUGAAAUAUCAAAUUUGAAAGGCCAAGAGGUCAGGAUGGAAGGCUCUGGACAGGAUCAAGGACUUAUUGAAAGAUCUAGGUCUUUGGAAUGCUUAAAAGUGACUACUGAAGGAAAUCUAAAUAUUGAAAGUCAUCAGAUUCUUAAAGGAGAUGAUCAAGGAAAUGCGGAUGCUAGUUCUGUACAGUCCACUGUUCCCCCUCCUUUACCAAAAUCACCUUCUGAGUCUUGGCUUUGGCGUACGCUGCCUUCCAUUUCCUCUAGUAAUCUGUUCUCACUUUCAAAUCUUGGCAAUCAAGUGAAUCCUAAAAAGCAGGAUCCUAAGACAUCCUCCACUAAAACCAAGUGGGAAACCAUUGUAAAAACUUCUCAUUUGCAUCAUGAUCAUGUUAGAUUUUCUGAGGAAUUAAUUACUCACGUUUCUCAGCAACCGAAAACUUAGAUUCAGAGGUCCUUAGGCUCAUUGGCUUGUUUGUGAAGUUCUCUUUUGAAAUGGUCAAAGAAAGUAUAUGUCUUCAUAUCAAUUCACGUGGAGGUUUUCCAACACCAUUGUUUCUCCCAUGAUAUUUUAGGUAAGUGGAGAUUUGUUUGCUCAAUUCUUGUUUAAGUUCACUGGUUACUGUCAUUUUUCCCUGUACUGCUAUAAGGGCUGAGGCAAAUAGUCACCAGGCAAUAUUUAUUACUUGUAAUGGCCACUAAUCUUUUUCACUGUCUACAGUUUUCUGUGAAUUUUUUUAUAUAGAAAUUAGUGGUCUUUUGUUUGUUUUUUUUUUUUUUUUUUUUUUGGAGGUGCAGUAUUACAGCUUUCUUGAUAACUUAGAUACUCUGUUAUAGCAGCAUUUCACAGCAUCUCUUGGUCUGUAGACUUUCAAGCAGAUUUAAAUGCCUAAAUGGCUAUUUGAGUGGUUCAACUGUAAUUCAUUAGCCUUGUUUUCUUUA